AGAAAAAGAAUCACAAAAAGAACCUAAGGAACAGAAGAACAGCAAAAAAAGAACUUCCAUAGACUGUAAAGCAGAAAGGAAAGAUGGACACUCAGGAGUUCCAAAGUGCUCCAUAUUACCAGCAGGAGAGGGCCAAGACAUUUUUCCGGAGGGUGGAAAUGAUUCGGGCAAAACUCGUCAAGGAAGCAUAUUACCAGCUCGAACAACAGCAGAAGAGAAGCACUGAAGUCAAGAUUGAUGUGGAAGAGCAGGAGGGAGGGGAGUUCUCUCCUCAGGCACAGACCGCCAUCGCUAUCGACGUCAGCCUAUGGGAACGACUGAAGAGGCGAGUUUUAAAACUCCCUUCAACCAGCGCUUUUGCGCGCCGGAUCCUAGAAAACCAGUAUUUUACCGGCUUAAUCAUUUUUUUCAUCGUGCUGAACACUGUGUUGAUGGGGGUCCAGGCAGAGAUCUCCAACAAGCCUCACCUGCACCUCGCUAAUCAGGUGCUCAACAGCAUUAACUGGCUUGUGGUAGCCGUCUUCUACGUGGAGAUCGUGCUGAAAUGGAUGGAUGACUUCUGCCAGUUUUGGAGAAACGCUUGGAACGUUUUUGAUUUCUUUCUCACCUUCCUGUCGGUCCUCCCUGAGAUCAUCAUGGCCUUUGGCGGCACUACCGUAAAAGCCCCCGGAAUUGUGAAGGUUCUCCGCACCUUAAGAGUCCUUCGUGCGCUGAAGAUCACAUCCAAAUUGAGGCAGAUUAGACUGACUCUGCUGGCGAUCACCAAAUCUUUCAAGGAUCUGAUUCCUGUCUUUCUGCUUCUGCUCAUAGUGAUGUACAUCUUCGCUCUGGCAGGCAUUCCAGUCUUUAAGGAACACACUCAUUCUGACAUUCAGAACCUCACCUACACCAAGAGCUUUGCCGGCAUCAGCAACUCCUUCAGUACUGUCUUCAUACUGCUCACCAACGAUCACUGGUACGCCCUGCUGGAGGACGGAUGGAAGGUUCCGGAGGUGAACAAAAUCUCCUGUGGCGCCUUCGUGAUCAUUUGGCUCAUCAUCGGUUCCUUCAUUUUCCGCAAUCUUUUUGUGGGCUUCAUGGUCAGCAGCUUUCAAGCCAUCAGGACUGACUUUGUGAAGGAGGUGCAGCUGAUCGAGAUCCAGCAAAAAGCAAAUUCGUUCAAGGCCGACCUCAUAUACAGGACAAUGAGCCGAACAACCAUCAAGGAGGAGUCUCCAGCAUCCAGCUCCCAUCACCCCCCAGAUGAGAUAGAUGUAGACUGGGAGACCAAAGUGAUGGAGUAUUUAGACGUGGUCAAGGAGCAGGAGGAGACCGAGCAGGUGGUCUGGCCCAGGGACACCCUCUUCAGAUACUAUGAGCUGAUGGAGGAGCUACAGCGCAACCUGGAGGAGAAGAAGAGGCUGCAUCAUCUAAAAAUUCAGGCACUACUCAGCCUUCACGACAUGUAG